CGCGUUUAUACAUCGCGACGAUCGUUUCAACGAUUCUUUGUUUUUAUCUGUCUUAUACUUGUAACCAUCUUUAUUUGUUCUUUGUCUAUUUUGCAUAUCGUUCAACUUACUCUCACGGAGUUAGUUGUCUCCUCGUCAACGUGACUUCUUUAAAUCUGGACUUGUUUAUUAAAAAAAACAUUUUAAUUAUUAGAGUGAAAACAUAGGGAAAAAUCAUCAUAGCGACAAGUGGUCCACGUGGAGGUAGCAGCAUCUUUGAGAAAAAGAUUUUAAGUUAUCUCGGACAAUAUCAAGAUACUUCUUUGAUUUUUCGGGGAUUCCUUUGUUCCAGUUUAUCACAAUUUUUAUAUCAUGCAGUUCUUUGACUUGGAUUGGAUAAUAAGAUAUUCGCCUCAAAGAAGUACACUGAUAUUCUCGGUGAUAGAAGAAGAGAAUUGUUGCUGAAGGACAAGAUGAGUACGAUAAGUACGCUUCGAUGUACCGUACGAUGAGACAUCAUCAUAAGGAGCAGAUACAGACAAAGAAGGAGAAGAUGUCAAGUUCACCGUAGACUUUCAUGGACAGAUAACAUCGAGUUAAAUACUUGUAAUAUUUCUUAGAAACGAGGAAUAAACGUUUAAGUCGUUGUGUUUUGUCAUUGACAAACAUUCAAUACGACUCUACACGUUCUUUUUUUGUAUUUUUCCAAAAUAUUCUUAACAAUUUGUAGACCUUAAAAAAAGGUCUUGCAAUAUUUUUCACGAUGAAUGACACAUUGAAUAUGACUAGCUACAUUAUCAAUUAUACAGAUAUAUACAAUGAUAAUGAUACAAAUUGUGAGGCUGAUUUGCCAAUCGUUUCUCUGUUAACUCAAAUACUUUACACGUUUGUUUGCAUCAUCGGUUUAUUAGGAAAUACUUUAGUUAUAUACGUUGUAUUACGUUUUUCAAAGAUGCAAACUGUUACAAAUAUGUAUAUCGUAAACCUUGCGAUAGCAGAUGAGUGUUUCUUGAUAGGUAUACCUUUUCUUGUAACAACUAUGAGUACGAGAAGUUGGAUCUUUGGUAAAGUAAUGUGUAAGAUUUAUAUGACAACUACGAGUAUAAAUCAAUUUACUAGUAGUAUCUUUCUCUUCAUUAUGAGCGCUGAUCGUUACAUUGCUGUUUGUCAUCCUAUAUCUUCUCCGAAAGUGCGUACACCCUGUAUAUCCAGAGUAGUUUCUUGCACUGCUUGGACUACAAGUGUAAUAUUUAUGAUACCAGUAUUUCUUUAUGCAAGCGUGAUGGAGGGACCUAAGAGCGUUUAUAGCUGCAACAUCUAUUGGCCGGAUGAUCAUGGCGGUCAAACAGCUUUUACUCUUUAUACUUUUAUUCUGGGCUUUGCAAUUCCAUUGAUCCUCAUAUUGAUCUUUUAUUUUUUGGUAAUCAGGAAGCUUCAAACUGUAGGCCCGAAAAAUAAAUCUAAGGAAAAGAAACGUUCUCAUCGUAAAGUAACCAGAUUGGUAUUAACUGUCAUAACUGUUUACGUUUUCUGUUGGCUACCCUAUUGGCUGAUGCAAGUAGCUUUGAUCUAUACACCUCCAAAACAAUGUCAAUCAAGCAUCAGCAUUGCUAGCUUUCUAUUGGCUGGAUUUCUUAGCUAUAGCAACAGUGCUAUGAAUCCGAUACUUUACGCUUUUCUAAGUGACAACUUUAAAAAAAGCUUCUUGAAGGCUUGCACUUGCGCGGCAGGCAAAGACGUAAACGCAGCAUUGCACAUCGAGAACAGUGUAUUUCCGCGAAGGAAUAAAGCAAACAUUGAAAAGAUGCAAUUCAAUCGUCAUGUUACACCUGGACAAACAAAAUUUGAGUUAGAAGAUGAGGAUGGUGAAAUAGGUUUGUUAGUCAGUAAAACUUCAACGACUACGGUGACCAUGACGUCACGAUCUAACAUCGCGGUAACUAGUGAACAUAAUCGAGAUCUUGCUAAUAAAGAAAAGGAAGGAUUAAAGAACGGAGCACAAGUAACUUUGCUCACGCAAGUUUAAAUUAUCUUAUUCAACGAUAUUUCAAAUAAUCUGAAGGAAACCAUGAAAAAUCAAGUAUUUGUGUCUUCGAUGAUAAAAUUAUUGAUUUUCUAAAGAACGAAAGUUCUUGGAUCGAAUCCAGAAUCCCGUGAAUUUUAUCGUUGGAGAUUAAUAACCGAUACGACAACCUCUAUAACUUUCAAUUUCCCGAAUACGAUCGUUCUUAAUAAAUCACUAUGUUUUCAAAUGAAAAGAUCGGGAAGAGGAAGAAAAUUGAAGAAUUUUGCUGACGUAGAAACGAAGUUAUAGGAUUGGGACAAUCGUACGAGUUGUCAUUAUCUUUCCUUAAUGGUGAAACAUUGGGAAUUAAUGACUUAAUGGUCGAACAUCUCGACUCUUUUCCAAGAAAAAGAUCCUUCUCUCUUUUCUCUCUCAUUCUCGUGUUCAAUAAAAUUGGCUACUACUGAACUUGGACUCAUAGAGUGAAUGAUCUUAAGAGAAUCUUUCCUUAAAGAGGAACGCGAGAACAAAAACUAUGUGUGGUACUCAAGUGCGGGUUUAAUGAUGCUAGAUCGAGUUCCCUAGUUUCCUAUAAUAACUGUUCCUAUCAUACAAAAUAUUUAUGUAUAUAUUAUUAUUGUUAUUAUCAUCAUC